AUGCUAAUGGUAUAGACCUGACAAAAACUUGCUAAAGCUUAGAAUAACCAAAAAACAUAAUUUUUAACUAGCUAGAAAAGAAGAACCGUUCGGGAAAAGCCAUUAGAACGUUAGCAAAGUACAGUAACGGCAUAUUCAUUUCAAAGUACAUAGCUUCAAGUUUUGUUUACUGCAAUUACUUUUCCUAAUUUAGUGUUCAAAGCAAGAACAAAAAAACGAGUAGACUAUCAUUUUUAAAAAGUAAAAAAAUAUGCAAAAUUUUAAAUUUUAAACUUGACCUUAAAUUCAAAUCUAAGCUUAAGUUUGAGAAUGAGCCUAUGCCUCAGGGCUUGAACUUGAGCUUGAGCUUGAGCUUGAGCUAGAGCUUGAGCUUGAGCUUGAGUCCAAGCCUAGGCUUGGGCAUGACCCUAAGCUUCAGCUUAGGUUUGAGCUUGAGCUUGUGCGUGAGCUUGAGUCAAAAUUAAAAUCUAAUCAUAAGGCUGAGCUUGAACCUGAGCCUAAGCCCAAGCUUGAACCUAAGCCUGAGCCAGAGCCUGAGCCUGAGCCUGAGCUUGAGCCUGGGCCUGGGCCUGAGCCUAAGCCUGAACCUGAGCCUGAGCCUGAGUCUGAGCCUGAGCCUGAGCCUGAGCCUAAGCCUAAGCCUAAGCCUAAGCCUAAGCCUAAGCCUAAGCCUAAGCCUGAGCCUAAGCCUGAGCUUGAGCCCAAGUCUGAGCCUAAGCCUGAUCCUGAAUCUGAGCCUGAAUCUGAGCCUGAAUCUGAGCCUGAGUCGGAGUUUAGGCCUAAGCCUGAGUUAAGCCCAAGACAAAACCUUACCAUAAACGUAAGCCUGAGCUGCAGCUUGAGCUUGAGAUUAACCUUGAGCAUAGGUUCAGCUUGCGAUUCCGCUUAA